CAUAACCUGAACAGUUCAAAAUGAGGUUGUUGCUAAUAGGUUGUGUGUUCGUGUUGAGUGCCGCCCAAGAUGUUGCUAAAUGCCAGACCAAGCGCUGCUGCACCCCUAAAAAGUGGGAAGGUAUUCAGGCCCCUUUAGGGGGUAUUGUGAACAAUUCGCCUGAGAAACCCGGGUUAAUUAAGGGCAUCACUCGUUUCCAUUAUGACGACACCAAGGAUCUGGCGGCAUCUUUCACCAAUAUUACGUUGUCGGGACAAGAUUAUCGUCUGCACGCUGUUCGAAGAAAGAAAACUUUGUAUCUGGUUGACCUGAACACAAAGAAAUGUCACAAGAGUAGAAUUGACAAACCCUUUAAACUGAGAAAACGAUGCAUCCCAAAAAACGCCACGUGUACCGGACCUUUCUACGUGGGCAGUGGAAAUAACAAAGUGCAGUUCAAUACGUUCAACACCAUUAAACGAGGAUCAAACAAGACGUACCUCAAUGUCUCCGCUUCCGUCACUGAGAAGUGUAUUCCCUUAAGUGAAACCUUUUUCGGAAGAGUGAGCGGGCAGCGAAUCGUAGAGACGAUCAGAUACUAUGACGUGCGAGUGGGAAUCAAAGACUCGUCUGUGUUUGACGUACCUAGACUCUGUAACAGUACUAGUGGCGACUUUGAUCUCGCCUCCUUGCUCAACCUGCACAAGCAAGACAGUAUGGCUCAGUCUUUAGGGGUUUUUUAUAUUUAUAUUAUCAAUAUUUAGUAUAUUCUUAAUAUUUAAAGUAUCAAUCUUUAGUACAUUUUUUGGGGGGGGUGGGGGGGAGUUUGUUGGGUGGGGUUUUUUUCUUUCUUUUUUUUUCUUGUUUUUUUCCUCAGGCAGGAUAUAGUGUUAGAAUAUUGUAUAGUUAGAACUGAAUCUAAAUCCUAGAACACCAUUAAAUUUUAAGCUUUAACUUAAAAUUGAAACAAUUUCUGUUUUUAUCAUGUCUUCUAACUGAACUGGCUGAUUUUACUAUAAAAACAACUUGUUUUAUAUAAAAAUUACCAAUAGAAAGUUUGUUUUGUUUAACGACGCCACUAGAGCACAUUGAUUUAUUAACUAUCGGCUAUUGGAUGUCAAAUAUCAAAAUUACCUACUGAAUCGAGAUCAUAUUUUUCUCAUCUUAUUCUUUAUUAUUAUAAUCACAAUAUAUAACACAUAUCAUGUUAAUAAUGUAGAGAGUAGUCCAUCUGAUGUUGUAUUUUUCUCAUCCUAUUCUUUAUUAUUAUAAUCACAAUAUAUAACAAUAUCAUGUUAAUAAUGUAGAGAGUAGUCCAUCUGAUGUUGUAUUUUUCUCAUCUUAUUCUUUAUUAUUAUAAUCACAAUAUAUAACACAUAUCAUGUUAAUAAUGUAGAGAGUAGUCCAUCUGAUGUUGUAUUUUUCUCAUCCUAUUCUUUAUUAUUAUAAUCACAAUAUAUAACAAUAUCAUGUUAAUAAUGUAGAGAGUAGUCCAUCUGAUGUUGUAUUUUUCUCAUCCUAUUCUUUGUUAUUAUAAUCACAAUAUAUAACAAUAUCAUGUUAAUAAUGUAGAGAGUAGUCCAUCUGAUGUUGUAUUUUUCCUUCUUUGACUUUUUGUUUUUAUUGUUUUCUUCUGCUGUUUCGACUUUCUUCUUGGCCAAUGGGCGUGACGUAGACCAGCGGUAAAGUGCUCGCCCGAUGAGCGGUCGGUUUGGGAUCGAUCCUCGUCGGAGGGCCCAUUGGAAUAGUUCUCGUUCCAGCCAGUGGUAUAUCAAAGGCUGUGGUAUGUGCUUUCCUGUCUGUG